GGUCACACGUGUUGUCAUCGCAUGGAAGUCCUCACAAGUCCGCCGGAGUAAAUAGCUGCUGCUAGCCGAGCGAAUUUAGGAGUUGAAGAAAAAUGUCUUUCAGAGGAGGAGGUGGACGUGGUGGGGGAAGAGGUGGAGGAUUCAACCGAGGUGGAGGAUUUAACCGAGGUGGAGGAGGCAGAGGAGGAUUUGGAGGAGGCAGAGGAGGUGGUGGAGGAUUUGGUCGAGGUGGUGGCAGAGGUGGCUUUAGGCAACAAGACUACGGUCCCCCAGAAUAUGUUGUCGCACUGGGAGAGUUCGUGCAUCCAUGUGAAGAUGACAUUGUGUGUAAGUGUACAACAGAGGAAAACAAAGUUCCCUACUUCAACGCCCCGGUGUACUUGGAAAACAAGGAACAGAUUGGGAAGGUGGAUGAGAUAUUCGGCCAGCUCCGGGACUUUUAUUUUUCAGUCAAACUUUCCGAAAAUAUGAAGGCGUCUUCAUUUAAGAAACUGCAGAAGUUUUAUAUAGAUCCAAUGAAGCUACUCCCACUGCAGAGAUUCCUCCCCAGGCCGCCAGGAGAGAAGGGUCCACCAAGAGGAGGACGAGGUGGAAGAGGUGGUGGUCGUGGAGGCGGUUCUCGGGGUGGCAGGGGUGGAUUCGGACGUGGUGGAGGAUUUGGAGGCGGCCGUGGUGGAGGUUUCGGAGGUGGACGCGGUGGAGGAGGCUUCAGAGGAAGAGGAGGUGGUGGUGGACGUGGAUUCAGAGGUGGGAAAUGAUCUGACAGUGAUGGUCUGGCUUGACCGUCCCAUUCCAGUCUUCUGCUACACAAGUAAAAAGGCUACGUUCUAUACCAGGGCUGGCCUGUUGGACUCAUAAUAUGGACAUUUCCUCUAUUUGUUGAACUGGAGGGAAUUUUCUCUUUUUGUUUUAUUUUUGUACCACUUUUGAAUGCGUGAUGGAUCUUCAUAAUUUUUAUUUAAGAGGUUCACACGUAUGCUUGUGUGUAACAUAGCGAGGACCUUUCCCGUCUGUUAGGGAGGAUUAUUGGGUCCCUUUGUGAAGAGACAUGUCAUUUUCCUGUGCUGAUUGUGUUAAAAUGUUCGGCCAUGUCAGAUGUUUGUAUUUUGAUUAAGAUUUCAAGAGAUACAUACGCAAACCUCCAUGUAUUCCUCAGCUAUGGGGAAAUGUGUGGGGAAUCAGACUUUGUAUGCUGUCAGUUGAAAACAUUUAACAUUCAUAAUUUGUAAAAUCUUAAGCAGAAUAUUGUCACGUUUUUUGGCCUUGAUUAAAAGGUGCUUUGUAACUGUC